AUGAGAAUAUUCAGAGAUGUUGUGGCUUCGGGAGAGUAUGCGUACGCACCAUCAGCCUCACAGCCUCAGCCAGCGUUUGCUCCACAGCCUGACACAGAAGAGGAGGAUGUUUAUAGAGUCGGGCUAGACCAACAAGAAGGGUCAGGGGAUAGUGAGGAUGAAAACUUUGGUGUGGACCCAACAGCCAGUGCCUUCACAAAUGACUUCGCUGCUUGCAACAUAAACACCCCCGCAAGUACUGGACCAAGUGGCUCAGGAAGCUAUGGAAAGAGAAAGAGGGGUGAGACAUCAGAUGCAAAGAAGAAGAAGAAAGUUGCUGCAACUACAUUAAUUUCUGAUAGCCUGAGUGUCAUAGCAGCUGCUUCUGACAAGCGAGCAGCAGCAUUGGUUGAAGAUCCCCAAAUAGUUGAUAAGGUUUUGGCACACCUGACUACCGUUGAGGAGCUUAAUGAUGACAAUCAACUAUAUUAUGCAUGUGCCAAGAUGCUUACGCGGUUGAGGUGGGCUAGGCGAGCCUAUUUGGGGCUUAUGCAUGAUAGAAGCAAGUUGUUGAGGUGGUUGAUACCGGCAGCACAAGACCCAGACACAUGGAAGUGA